CCGCCCCGCCUGCCCGCCUCCCCGCCGCCUGCGGCUGAUGCUCGCUGUCCCCCAGCUGCCCCGAGCGGACCGUACAAAGCCAGCAGCUCGCACCGCUGUCCGGGGACUGCAUUGCCCGGGAGGAGCCCGCGGCUACCAGGAAGGGACCAUGUACGUAGACCCGGAGGCUGGCGGCAAAGGAGUGCCCUCCCGCGAUGUCCUCCUGGUGUCAGCCAUCAUCACCGUCAGCCUUAGCGUCACCAUCGUCCUGUGCGGGAUCUGCCAGUGGUGCCAGCGCAAACUGGGUAAACGUUAUAAAAAUUCCCUGGAGACGGUGGGGACCCCGGAUUCCAGCCGAGGGCGCAGUGAAAAGAAAACCAUCAAUGAUCUAGACAGAGACUUUUGGAAUAACAAUGACAACACAGUGCAGCAGAAAUGGAGCUCCUACCCUCCCAAGGAGUUUAUACUAAACAUUUCACCUUACGCCCCAUACGGUGAUCCACGACUUUCCCUCAAUGGCUCUCUGCUGUCGGGUGCUAAGUUGGCCGCCUCUUCUGCUUCGGGGUUGGCGGGGGAGCGAGAAGGACGCCUGGGGGAGAAGCAGCAGCUCCGAGAGGACGGCAUGAAGAGCAGCCUGUCUGCCCACAGCGAGCCCAGCAAUGGGAAGGCGGGGAGAGGCCGAUGGCACACGGUGCAGAGCCACCUAGCAGCAGGGAAGCUCAGCCUAUCCAAUUUCGAGGACUCCACCAUGUCCACAGCCACUACCCUUGAGUAUAUCCCCACCUCAGCAGGAGACCUGAAAUGCCAGCGUCCCCGCACGCUGAUGCGCCAGCAGAGCCUCCAGCAGCCACUUAGCCAGCACCAGAAAAGCAACCACAGCCAGCCCACCACCAGCCAGAGCCUGGGGCACCUACAGUCUCACACCAGCUCCUCUUCCAGCGGCGGCAACCCCCGGGGCCGGAGCGGCCAGUCGCGGCAAGGGGUCUCUGCUGGCUCCAAACACCGGACGGCUGGUGGCCGAAGCCGCUCCAACCCCGGGAGCUGGGACCACGUGGUGGGGCAGAUUCGCAACCGAGGCUUGGACGUGAAGUCCUUCCUGGAAGGCCGGAUGGUGGUGUUAUCCCUGGUUCUGGGACUCUCGGAACAGGACGACUUUGCCAAUAUACCCGAUCUGCAAACCGCUGGGAACCAGCAGGCGCAGAACUCUCAGGGGGACAAGAGGUUGCCAUCUGGAGGCAAGAUGGUGAACACAGCCCCUAUGCCCGGGCAGACCCAGCAUGAUGAGUCUGACCGCAAAACAGAGCCUCGCUCAUCCGUCUCGGACCUGGUGAACUCCCUGACCAGUGAGAUGCUAAUGCUCUCCCCAGGCUCUGAGGAUGACGAGGGACACGACAGCUCCAGCAAGGAGAACCUCGGCCGAAUCCAAUUCAGCGUCGGCUACAACUUCCAGGAAUCCACCCUGACUGUCAAGAUCAUGAAGGCUCAGGAGCUGCCAGCCAAGGACUUCAGUGGCACCAGUGACCCUUUCGUCAAGAUCUACCUGCUGCCUGAUAAAAAGAACAAGCUGGAGACCAAAGUGAAGAGGAAGAACUUGAAUCCGCACUGGAACGAGACCUUCCUCUUUGAAGGUUUCCCAUACGAGAAGGUGGUACAGCGGGUGCUGUAUCUCCAGGUUCUGGACUAUGACCGCUUCAGUCGCAAUGACCCCAUCGGAGAGGUGUCCAUUCCACUCAACAAGUUGGACCUGACCCAGAUGCAGACAUUCUGGAAGGAGCUGAAACCCUGCAGCGAUGGGAGUGGAAGUCGGGGAGAACUCCUCCUGUCCCUUUGCUACAACCCUUCUGGUAACUCCAUCAUUGUGAAUAUCAUCAAAGCACGGAAUCUGAAAGCCAUGGACAUCGGGGGGACAUCAGACCCUUACGUCAAGGUGUGGCUAAUGUACAAGGACAAGAGGGUGGAGAAGAAGAAGACGGUGGUAAUGAAGCGGUGCCUGAACCCAGUCUUCAACGAGUCCUUCAUCUUCGACAUCCCCACCGAGAAGCUGCGAGAGACAACCAUCAUCAUCACCGUCAUGGACAAGGACAGGCUUAGCCGGAACGACGUCAUUGGCAAGAUUUACCUGUCGUGGAAGAGUGGCCCCGGUGAGGUGAAGCACUGGAAGGAUAUGAUCGCCCAUCCCCGGCAGGCCGUGGCACAGUGGCACCAGUUGAAGGCCUGAGCGGCAGCAGCUGAGAAUUCUGUCUGGCUUUCACCGCUCCAAGCAGAUGUUUCUUGGCCAUGCUCUCACUACUUUAUGCACAACAGAGGCACCUGGGAUCCCCCUAGGUGACAAGCUUGGGACUGACAAGGAGCUGAGGGUCUGAAGUUGGCGACGUUUCCAAACUCUGGGAAGCAGCAUUGGCCGUCCGCUGUGUCCACGGGGCACCCAGCACCAACGGGAGCACCUUUAGUGCCCAACUUCCUGCUUUAACCUUUCCUCCUGACUCGUUACGCCGAGAGAGAGAUGCCAGCCCUCUAGGUGGGAAGGAGCCUCGGCGCUGGUUUGUUUUGGCCCUGGAGGGCGGGGCAGUGGUGUUGGCGCAACUGGCUCCGUGAGAUGAUGAGAGGAGGAGACACCUCCGCCACACAAGACUUCCUAUGAGUUCUUCCAUCCCAAGGCCUGUUGGGAGUGCUCCCCUGAGGAAGCCAGCAUCUCCUAGGGGGCACGUGGGCCUAGGAGGGGGGCCGGCAAGGGGGACACGCCCUCUGUCUCCUUGAGGUCAUUUAUUUUUAAUUCAAUAAAACUUGUAAGAGUAAUAAGAAUAAUAUAAGUAAUAGCAGCUAGAAUCCCAUCCCGGCCAGGGCUGGGGGAAUCCGCGCCACUCCAACAGCCUCCUGUGCGUUUGCUCUGUGUGUGUAUAAGCGUGUUGUAAGUGUCACAUGUUUGCGUGUGGGCUGCUCACUUCUCGCUCGCUCUCUCUCUCUCUCUGCCCUGCCUGGGAGCAACCCCUGAUCCCACAGGACAGUGAUGGUCCCAGUGCGGGAUGUGGGUUUUUUUAAUUGGCUGGUGCAUGGGGUUUGAAGCAAUUGAUGCCACAUGGGGAGUGGGGCCAGUCCAUGCUUGAUAGGGAGAGAGGCGGAAGGAGCUGCCCACCAGGCAGGGUCUCCUCUCAUGACCACUCUGUAGUAUAUGGGAUUGGAAGCCAUAACAGAUGGAUCAGUAGCCAAACUGGGCUCGGCUUUAGGGCUAAUGAGAGCUUGAUUGUAGUCACCGCACUCUGGCUGGUGAGGGCCUCAUCCUGCUCAAACUGAGAGUUUCCCAAACCAGCUCCGAAACACUGCUACACUCCCAGGCAUAUGGACCCGAAACAGCCCACCCCUCCAGCACCCAUCCCCCAACCUGACCCCAGACACCCCACACCCUCCCAAUACACAGCCCACCCC